AUGGUAUUGGCCACAAAGAUCUCCCUCUUGGUGGCAGUCAGCCUGGCCCUAUCCUUAGUCCAAGCUGAGCCCAUCCCCAUCCGUAAAGAACGCGCCUCAAAGGAUCCCUCUCUAAGCAACAAGGCGACAUGCAAGACUCCACAUUGCGUGACUGCGGCAAAGGAGAUCCUGGAUGACAUGAACCCGAAGGCAGACCCCUGCCAAGAUUUCAGUCAGUUUGCCUGUGGUGGGUUCUAUGAGAAGAGAACCAUUGCCGCGGACCAGUCUGCGUUCAACUACUUCCAAAUCCUCUACGACAAGAACAACGACGCGAUCCGUGAAAUCGUAGACCCCUCUCUCGGAAAACAACCCACUCCCUCCAAAACCGACCCCGACUCCGCCGCCGCCCAGGCAAACCUCCAAAAACUCCAAGACCUCUAUGCCAGCUGCAUGGACGAGUCUACAAUCCUCUCUAACGGUCGAAAACCCCUUCUCGACCAGAUCUCUUCCAUUUUCUCCACCUUCCCUUCUAAUGCCACCGGUAAAGUUGGGGGCGGGGACAAGACGGUGCUCGCAAAGAUGCUGGCGCAGCUAUCGAACCAGGGGAUUUCGGGGUUUGUGAGCCUGGAUGUUGGCUCUGAUUCGAUGGAUCCGUUGAUCAACUCCCUGUCGUUGAGUGAAGGCGGGUUGGGCCUGCCGGCGAGGGAGUAUUAUCAGGACGCGGAGACUAUCAAGUUAUACGAGUCGACGAUUGGCCAGAUGUUUCAGGUGGUUUUUGGUGAGGAGGAUGUGGCUACCAGGAACCAGACACUUACCGAUGCGGAUGUGAAGCAGAAGUGGAAAGAUGUUGCAAAGGCGAUGGUGGGGUUUGAAACCCAGUUGGCCAAGAUUGGGACGGAGCUUGUCGAUCUUUAUGACCCUAUCAAGUCUAAUAACCCGCGUACUGUAGACCAGAUCUCUGCUGUGACACCUAGUAUCGACUGGGUCGCGUUCAUCUCGGGUGUCCUUCCCACAGGAGUAACCAACACCCGUCCCAUCAUCGUCUCAUCCCCAGAAUACCUCACCCGCCUAGAGAACCUCCUUAGCACCACCACCCCACAAACCCUCCGAAACUAUAUCACAUGGCUCAUAAUCUCCAAAAGCUCUCCUAACCUAGGAACCCCCUACCGCCAACCCCUCCAUACCCUCUCCGCAACCCUCUCCGGCGUCUCCCUAGACACCGUCACCCCACGCUGGAAGCACUGUGUGAGCGUAAUCAACAACAACUUAGGCGAUAUGGCAGGCCACUACUACAUCCAAACCGCCUUCCCUGGAACCAGUCUAGCCUCCACCGUCUCGAUCAUCGACUCAAUCCUCGACUCUUACAAAAAAACCUUCCCCACCCUCACAUGGCUUGACAAACUCACGCUCUCGGGAGCCAUGGAAAAACUCGAAGCCAUCGUUAAACUGAUGGGCUACUCCACCGACUCUCCUGAUGUCUCUUCUUCCGCAUCCCUACAAAAGUACUUUUCCACCCUUCCUGUAUCCAAAACUGACUAUUACGCCAACCAACUCCAAUACUCCAUCUGUCCAGAGUAUGUCAAUUAUGGCGGGUUUGGUGUCGUUGCUGGACAUGAGGUUACUCAUGGGUUUGAUAAUAUGGGUCAUCAUUUCGACUCCAUCGGCCGCCUCCACAACUGGUGGACAAAUGCAACAGAAAAUGCAUUUACAGAAAAGGCCCAAUGCUUUGUAAACCAAUACGGGAACUUCACUGUUAAGGGUCCGGACGGGAAGGACCACAACGUCAACGGCCAACUAACACUCGGCGAGAACAUUGCCGAUAAUGGCGGUCUCAAGCAAUCCUUUCGCGCGUGGCAGAGUAGACUUCAAUCUGACCCCUCUGGCAAAAACAAGGAGCGGCCCGAGUACCUUGUCAACCUGAUCCGAAGCGACCCACAUUCGCCAUCCAAGUGGCGAAUCAACGGUGUUGUCCAAAACUCUCCCGAGUUUGCGAGUGCUUUCCAGUGUAAGGUGGGCAGUGCUAUGAAUCCUGUCAAGAAGUGUGAGGCCUGGUAA